AUGGCAGCCAAAUUCACAGUCAAGUCUCUGGACCACUUGGUCCUAACAGUGCGCUCCAUUCCAGAGACGGUAGCCUUCUAUACGACCCACCUGGGUAUGCGGCACGAAGUCUUUAGUUCACCAGCCAACCCGGCGGUGCAAAGAAAUGCUCUCAUCUUUGGAAACCAGAAGAUCAAUCUUCACCAGUCAGGAAAAGAGUUCGAGCCCAAGGCCCAGCACGUCAUGCCCGGAAGCGCGGACCUGUGCUUUUUGACGGAUGAGAAUGUCGAGACAGUUCUACAAGCUUUCCAGAAUGCCAAGAUUGAGGUUCUGGAGGGUGCCAAGGUCGUAGAGAGAACCGGGGCCGUGGGGCGAAUCCGGAGCGUCUAUGUGAGAGACCCCGAUGGAAAUCUGAUCGAGGUCUCAAACUAUGCUUGA